CCCUUAGAGCUCCCACUCUCCCCCAGCCUGCCAUUCCUCCCUGGCUGCUCAGUAAAGCCUUUGCUUGGGCUAGUGGAAUCAAUCCCGGGAAAACCACACCAUGGUGAGGCUUGUGCUCCCCAAUCCGGGCUUGGAGAAUAGGAUUACUUCACUCGAUGACCUUGAGACCAUUGAAAAAGAAGAGGCAGGUUCCAGACCCAAAUGGGACAACAAAGCACAAUACAUGCUAACCUGUGUCGGCUUUUGUGUGGGCUUAGGAAAUGUGUGGCGAUUCCCUUAUCUCUGCCAGAGCCAUGGAGGAGGAGCCUUCAUGAUCCCAUUCCUCAUUCUGCUGAUCCUUGAGGGUGUGCCCUUGCUUCAUCUGGAGUUUGCCAUUGGACAAAGGCUGAGGAAGGGCAGUGUUGGCGUCUGGAGCUCUAUUCAUCCCACCCUUAAGGGAGUAGGCAUUGCCUCCAUGUUUGUCUCCUUCAUGGUAGGCUUGUAUUACAACACCAUCAUUGCCUGGGUCAUGUGGUAUUUCUUCAACUCUUUCCAAGAUCCGCUGCCUUGGAGCUCUUGCCCACUCAAUGAAAACCAAACAGGUUAUAUAGAGGAAUGUGCCAAGAGUUCUUCAGUGGAUUAUUUUUGGUAUCGAGAAACUUUAAAUAUUUCUACCUCCAUUGACGAUUCAGGAUAUAUUCAGUGGUGGAUCUUGCUGUGUUUGACAUGUGCUUGGAGUGUCCUUUAUGUGUGUACUAUCAGGGGCAUUGAAACAACUGGAAAGGCUGUGUAUAUCACAUCAACUCUUCCUUAUAUUGUCUUGACCAUUUUUCUUAUCCGUGGCUUGACAUUAAAGGGGGCCACCAAUGGAAUUGUCUUCCUCUUCACACCGAAUGUCACAGAACUAGCUAAUCCUGUCACGUGGUUGGAUGCUGGAGCCCAAGUGUUUUACUCAUUCUCCCUGGCCUUCGGAGGCCUCAUUUCCUUCUCCAGUUACAAUUCUGUACACAACAACUGUGAGAUGGAUUCUGUGAUUGUUUCUGUGAUCAAUGGCUUCACAUCUGUUUAUGCGGCAACUGUGGUAUAUUCCAUCAUUGGGUUCCGAGCCACAGAGAGAUAUGAUGAUUGCUUCAGUCAAAACAUCCUGACCUUGACCAAUGCAUUCGAUUUGCCCGAGGGUAACAUCACACAGGACAACUUUGAAGAAAUAAAAGGCUGGUAUAAUUCAACCUACCCUGAAGUCUUUGAAACAUUGACAUUUAAGACAUGCGACAUGAAUUCUUUUCUAUCAGAAGGAGUAGAGGGAACAGGUUUAGCCUUCAUUGUCUUCACCGAAGCCAUCACCAAAAUGCCACUUUCACCUCUGUGGUCUGUCCUCUUCUUCAUAAUGCUGUUCUGUCUGGGCUUAUCAUCUAUGUUUGGAAAUAUGGAGGGAGUAGUUGUUCCCCUACUCGAUCUCAAGGUCAUCCCCAAAAAAUGGCCAAAGGAACUUCUAACAGGUCUAAUUUGUUUGGGGACCUACCUCCUUGCCUAUAUUUUCACUCUGAAGUCAGGGCAGUACUGGCUCUCACUGCUGGAUGGCUACGCUGGAUCCAUCCCCCUGCUUGUCAUUGCCUUUUGUGAGAUGAUUGCAGUCGUUUACAUUUAUGGAAUAGACAGGUUUAAUAAGGAUAUCGAGUUCAUGAUAGGUCAUAAGCCGAAUAUCUUCUGGCAAAUUACCUGGAGAGUGGUCAGUCCUCUCAUCAUGUUGGUGAUAUUCCUAUUCUACUUUGUAAUCAAAGUCAAUGAGGAGCUGACAUACAGUGUCUGGAACCCUGAAUACGAGGAAUUUCCUAAAUCUGAAAAAAAGGCUUAUCCUGGCUGGGUCUAUGCUGUGGUGGUCUUUGUGGCUGGAAUCCCAUGCCUGGCCAUCCCCUUCUUUGCCCUCUACAAGUUCAUCAGGAAUCGCUGUCAAAAGAAGAAUGACCAGCAAGGGCUCGUCAAUUCCUAUUCUUCACCCUCCGUGAAUGGAGACCUAAAGGGUUAAGCCAAAGCAUGUUUUUCUGGGAAGUGGGGACAAGAUCUUGACUGGAAAAGGAAAAGGAAAAAAAAAGCAAUAACCAGGCACAGUGGGAAGACUAGACCCUCAUUGAGCCACCCUUGCUGGGGGUGAACCUCCAGCCUAACACUCCAGUCUCUGUGACAAAUGGGAAUUCUGGUGUGCCUUAUAAACUGGGGGCAUUUCCAUGCUAGGAAUUGAAGGGAUUGACACAGUUACAUUUAAUUUAACUCACAUUUACCAAGUACCUGCUCAACACCCAGCAAUGUGCUGGAUGAUGAGGAUCCAAAGUCACCGCCAUCUAUAUUGUGCUAGCCUGGGGCCAACACCACUGAAAUGUCCAAUAACUGAAAUGUAGUGAUGCUGAGGCUCCUGAUUUUGGUUUGCAUGUGAAUUGCUAGGGCUAUGUGAGGCAACAAUAAACACCCCUAGUUUCUAUUGCUAUAUGUACCCCUUUCUGUUUGUGUGUGUCAUCUGUUGAGAGCUUUUCCUGCAGAAAAACUUUGGCCCUAAAUCAUAGUCUCAGUGUGAUAAGGGACCUUCAAGGUUAUCUUCUCCAACCCAUCAUGAAUCAAGAAUUCCCUCAACAGCAUCCUAGAAAGUGGUGUUCUAGCUUCUGCUUCCAAAGAUAGCCAGGAAGGAAGAACUCACCACUUCCUGAAGCAAUCAAUGCCAUUUUUUGAGAGCUCUGAUCAUUAGGAAGUUUUUCUUUGCAUCAAGCUAUGAGAAUUUAUUUUUCAUAUAUUGCAUUAAUUCUUAAAUCAGGACCCUUGAGUAAAAAAUAAAAAAAAAAUCAAUUCCUGGAUAUUCGAGAAUAAUUUGUGUGCCAUCUGGACUGUAGGUUUUUAUAUCUUCUUUGUUCUUGGGAAUCCCCAGGAAUGUGUUCCUUUCACAAAACCUGGCUGACAGGAAGGUUUUACAAUGAUUCUCUUCUGGUAGACCUGAAGAUCAUCACCUGCCGGUGUGAAGUACAGCUGAGAGUUGAUGGACCACCUCUUAAUUAGCUACUUAACCAUUAGAGAUAUCUUGGCAUAUUCAAGAGAGGAGUAAUAAAUAGUAAACUCCCCAAAGUGUAUAUAGGUACCCAGUGAAGGCAAGAGUCCAUCUUUGAAUUUAUAGAGUAUCCUUUGACCAGAUUAGGAUGUCUUGACUUGUCAGUUAAUAAAUUAUUUUAAAUUAAGAAAUAUUACCUCUCAAGAAUUUCAAUCAUUACAAAGCCAAAAUAUAUCUUUCUCCAUUUUCUACCUAUUGCUCCUACUUCUAUUCUUUAGUGUCAAAAAGAAAUUAAAUUCAUCCUCUACCUGUUCCAUCUUGCAGAAAGAAGUCUGUAAAAAGAGUAUCAAUAGGCCUAGGAGCGGAACCACCCUGGCACCUUGGUUCCAUGAUCAUUACCUAGAAACAGUCAGACUGGCAAUUCUACUUGUUUGUGCAGGUUUUGCACAGGUUUUUCUGGGUAUUUUCUCAUAAAACGUUCCUGAGUUUCUUCACAAUCCUUUAGUUGACUAGAUAUUAACUACACUUACUCACUGUUGCUAGAUGUCACAAAUAGAUAAACAAUUAAGUAAUACCUCCCUUCCCAGGAGGCAAGGAAGAAUGUGCCCUUAGAGUUUGCCUAAGGGAACAUUAACAUGCUUGUAAUGAGUAAUUCAAUGUGAAUUUUUAUCCAGGUUACCUUUGGAAGAAAGAAUGGUUAUAUGCCAACUCAACCUCUAACUACCCAACGGACAUACCACCAAUUCCUGAUAUACUUCCUUAGUGGUUUAAUGGGAUGCAUUUUCUCCCUAAAAAUUGGUACCCAAUCUGUAUCUUGAGUGGACUGGUAUUUUGGGUGAUGCCUUUAACAAACUAUAAUAUUUGCUUUUUAUUCUUACUGGCCAGGUCGGUUUAUUCCCUAAGAAACCUAGAAGCUGUUUAAAUGAAAAUCUGAAAAUGCCCACUAUUCAAGGCACUGGGUUUGGGGAAGGGUGUAGCUGCCAGUACCUGGGGUUAGUAGCUUUCUUCUUUCUACUGGAUCCUCUACAUGUUUAUUGAAGGCAAGCUAGAGGGAAAUUGGUGAGGUUUCCAUGUUUAUAUUCAUAGAAGCCCCAAACAUGGUGGCUAUGGUGGUGAUGAUGGCCAAAGCAAAUCAAGUAGAGAGGGAUUUGUGAAAGAUCAUGUAACAGUCAAGGUUCUCCCCAUAUCCAACUUCCCGUCUCCAUCACUGAGCUGGUGAGUAAGAAUUUAAAGUCUUCACAAUAGUGUAUUCCAACAGUUAUGGACACAUUUUAAAAAAUCUGAUAUUAGUCUUGUAAGUAAUCAUUCCAAAGGCCAAUGUUCCAAAAUGAGAAAUUACAUAGGGUUUUUUAUGGUGUGAUAUAUGUAUUUUUCAAAAAUCUUUUCCAGAUUACAUUUUUAUACUGUUUUUGAUAUUCAUUUUCUGACAUUUUACAAUCCAUAUUCUCUCCCUCCUUUCUACCCAAGACUAUUACUCCUUUUAAAAAGAUAAUAUUUUAUUUUCCAAUUACAUGUAAUAACAAUUUUCAACAUGUUUUCUGAAAUUAUUAGAUUCAAAUUGUCUCCCUCUCUCCCUUCUUUCUCUCUUCCCAGAAAUAGUAAGCAUUUUGAUUUGGGGUAUACAUAUAUUAUCAUGCAAAACAUACUUCCAUAUUGGUCAUUGUUGUAAGAGAAUUCUCAUAUAAAACCCCAACCCCAGAAUAAAACCAAACACAAACUAAUGUGAAAGAUAAUAUGUUUUGAUCCAUAUUCCAACUCAAUUAGUUCUUUCUCUGGGUUUAUGAAUUUUAAAAGAAGAUAAGGAGUACAUGAUGGCAACCCUGGGCCAAGGAUCUUUAAUCUCCAUAGAAUUCUAGAACAUCAAAUUUGGAAGGGGCCUUAGAGGUCAACUGGUCCAACUUUUGUAUUUGGAGAUGAAGAGACUGAGACACAGACACGAUAUAAUUUGUUGGUAAAUGGCAGAGACAGGACUUAAAAUCCCAUAAGCAAGUACAUGCAUGCUUGAUGUUAUUCUGGUGCCAUCUUAUGGUUUCCAACUUCGUAUGUGCGUAUGGAUCCCAAUGAUGCUUUUUAUUCACUCUUCUUUAAGGUUACCAUUGAUAAAAAGUAUGAAAUAGCUCUACUCUUAUUGACCCACCUGCACAUUAUACUUGUUGCUCUCCUGAAAAAUUCUUAUCAUGUCUGUCCUUGCUAAUUAUUAUCCCAUCCCAGGGAGUUAAGUUACUGUCACGGCUAAAGAUUGUCAGUCAUAGUAGAUGUAACCUAGAUAAUGAAACAGAAAUCAUAGCCUGGCAUGUUUCUAAAUUUGUAAAUUACAUAUUUGUUUUCUUGUAAAUGUGUAAAAAAACCCAAACCUUGUCUUUUAUAUGCAUAAACAUAUAUACAUCUGAAUAAAUGACUUCUUUAAUAUG